CCAAACUCCAAAAAAAAAAAAAAUCCAAAACACACUGCCACCCACCGUGCCCCCGCGCCCCGCGUCCAUCCCGUCCCCGGCCUGCGUGCAGUGAGCGCGGGGAGCCCACGGCGAGUGUCUGUGGCUGUGCCAGGCUGCAGGACCGGCGUGCCCCUGAUCAGAGUUAUUCUGAUCUGAAGAAUUUGGUGUUUAAAGCAUUAAGAUAAUAGCCUGAGUUGUUCAUGGAGUUUUUCAUCAGUAUGUCUGAAACCAUUAAAUAUAAUGACGAUGAUCAUAAAACUCUGUUUCUGAAAACGCUAAAUGAACAGCGCCUGGAAGGAGAAUUUUGCGACAUCGCGAUCGUGGUUGAGGAUGUGAAGUUCAGAGCACACAGGUGUGUCCUUGCCGCGUGCAGCACCUACUUUAAAAAGCUUUUCAAGAAGCUUGAGGUCGAUAGCUCUUCAGUAAUAGAGAUAGAUUUUCUUCGUUCUGAUAUAUUUGAAGAGGUCCUGAAUUACAUGUACACAGCAAAGAUUUCUGUAAAAAAAGAAGAUGUUAACUUAAUGAUGUCGUCAGGUCAGAUUCUUGGUAUCCGCUUUUUGGAUAAACUCUGCUCUCAGAAGCGGGAUGUGUCUAGUCCGGAUGAGAACAACGGCCAGUCCAAGAGCAAGUACUGCCUCAAGAUCAAUCGCCCCAUUGGAGAUACUGCUGACGCUCAGGACGACGACGUGGAGGAGAUCGGAGACCAGGAUGACAGCCCUUCCGACGACACGGUAGAAGGCACCCCCCCAAGUCAGGAGGACGGCAAGUCACCCACGACGACGCUCCGGGUCCAGGAGGCGAUCCUGAAAGAACUGGGGAGCGAGGAGGUGCGGAAAGUCAAUUGCUACGGCCAGGAAGUAGAAUCCAUGGAGACCCCCGAGUCCAAGGAUCUGGGGUCCCAGACCCCGCAAGCCUUAACCUUUAAUGAUGGAAUGAGCGAGGUGAAGGACGAACAGACCCCCGGCUGGACCACAGCCGCCAGUGACAUGAAGUUCGAGUACUUGCUCUAUGGCCACCACCGGGAGCAGAUCGCCUGCCAGGCCUGCGGGAAGACCUUCUCCGACGAGGGCCGGUUGAGGAAGCACGAGAAGCUGCACACGGCCGACCGGCCCUUCGUCUGCGAGAUGUGCACCAAGGGCUUCACCACGCAGGCCCACCUGAAGGAGCACCUGAAGAUCCACACGGGCUACAAGCCCUACAGCUGUGAGGUGUGCGGCAAGUCGUUCAUCCGCGCCCCGGACUUGAAGAAGCACGAGCGGGUCCACAGCAACGAGAGGCCCUUCGCCUGCCACAUGUGCGACAAGGCCUUCAAACACAAGUCGCACCUCAAGGACCAUGAGCGCAGGCACCGGGGCGAGAAGCCCUUCGUGUGCGGCUCCUGCACCAAGGCCUUCGCCAAGGCGUCCGAUCUGAAACGGCACGAGAACAAUAUGCACAGCGAGCGGAAGCAGGUCACCCCCAGCGCCAUCCAGAGCGAGACGGAGCAGCUGCAGGCAGCGGCCAUGGCCGCGGAGGCCGAGCAGCAGCUGGAGACCAUUGCCUGCAGCUGAGGCGGCAGGGAUGCUAGGCCCGCCCCGCCACAUCCCGCCUCCUGCCUCCGGGCGCAGGAACGCCAGCCGCUGCGGUCGGUGCGAACUUGCCGAGCAUCGCACUCGCAGGACUUAAGGCUGUGCCUGGUUGUGUGUUUUUAAAACUUUGCAAGGAAAUUCCGCUCCUUGGUUCUGACCACACAGUUUCACUGUCCGGUCUGGUGUCCAGUAUUAAUGUUGCCAGUAAGCACCAACCCCCGCCCCCCCGUCCUCUUUUUUAUUUCUGAUUGUCAUUUGCGGACUCCCGUGUCCCGUUCAGAAGUGAGAGACUUCUAUCCCUUUUUCUUAAAUUCCCCUUUACGCUUGUUGCACCAGUGCGUGCACUGCACAGAGUGAUAAUCAAGUAAAUUGAUUUCCUGAUCAUCACCAUUCUGUGUGACUUAGGGUCACAUUGGCAUUUUCUAAGAACUUUGGGCAAAGUACUUGGUGUAGACGCAGAAAAUACUGGUGGGUGGUUGACCAGGAACCCUGCCUAUUCAUGAAAACAAGUGCUGGAAAUGCAGAAUGGUCUCAGAUUUCUAUAUUUGGUUUGUUACUUUUCUAUCACUGUUUUUCAUGGGUUUUGUGGACAAAUAAUGGUUGUUUGCAGAAGUGUUUCUUCAUCCCUUUUGAUUGCCCAUACCUACUCCAGACAUGUCGUCACACGUCCCCAAGGCUGAGCAUACCCACAGGCAUGUGGGUGGUCUGAGGGCUGAGUUUUUUUCAUUCCUCUUAUUUUGGGCAUUGCCAGUCUGCAGCCGCUGGGGUUGGUGGGAUGGACCAGUGGUGAGAGGGUUAGAAAGGGGAGUGUCAGAAUCUGGCUCUCAGAGACCAGGUUUGCACAUUUGCAACAAUUCCAGGAUUUCCUAGAUCAGAAUGAUUCCUAAGUGAUUUUGAAAUUGGGUUUUUAUUUAGGAUCAAAAUUAGGACAAGAACGGGUAUGCCUCUUUGGAUACAUUUGUGUAGCCUAAAAGAAUGCAAUCCAGCUUUGGGGCUCUCCGUAGCACGUGAUUUAUCCAUAAAGGAGAUGCAAUGUCCUUCCUUAAAUUAACACGUUUAAAAUCUUUUAAGUGUGUAAAUAGUACAGAAGCGUUGGUCUUGUGUAUCUCAAGUACAAGUAGACAGCUGCACUUUUUUUUUGCACAUUGGAUUAAAGUAACUUCCAUCAGCAACAAACAUCAGUCUGUUUUUAACCAAUAUUAAAGAUUGUCAGACCAAAUGUUCAUGUUCUUGAAGUAUAUUUCCUCACUGGUUACAGUUUUAAGUAGAAGUUGACUGCCUUUUCAUAGCCGUAAACAGAAUUAUAAGUGCUGUUCCAAUUCUGGUGUAAGAAAUUUCUUUUUGAACAUUUUUUUAAGGAAUAUAUUGAAAUACCAACAAUAGUUUGCAUUUUAUGUUCUGUAAUAAAAUAAUAGUCAGUUAUUUGGAAUGUACCAUUUUAGAAAGAUGUCCAUUUUAUAAAUUUAUUUUCAGUUGCUAGGAUUUUUUUUUUUAACCAUACAUUAAAGUCAUGUCAUUUCCUAGCUCGUUGCAUUAACACCUGUAAUUAUUACUGUGAGGGAAAUGUUAUUUUUUAAAUUGGUGUAUAUGUUUUGCCCAGGAUUGUAGGAUAAAGAUGUUACCUUUUUAAGACACUUAUUUAUUGGUAAAUGUUUAAUUUAGUUUAAAAUUAAUUUAAUUUCUUUUCUUAAAAGUUGAUUAUUUUGUCCUAAAAGUAGUCCUGUCACUGUGUGUUUAUAUACUAUUAGUAGAAGGGGAACCAGUGGCUGUUCCAAGGCUGUUUUAACCAAAGCAAAGGAAACGUAAUUGAACAUCUUGUUGAUAGCUACUUCAACAAAUCAUUCUGGGGGCCUUCGUUUUUUGUAUAUAAAAGAAAAUAUACUUCUAUCA